CGUCGCCCUCCCAGCGGGGCAAGAUGGCGGCGCCCAUCCCAAACGCCGAGGACGGUGCCGCCGCCGCCCGUUACUGCCUGGUGAGCGGCAUCCCGGCCUCGCUGCGCUCCGCUCAGCUCCGAGCCUACUUCAGCCAGUUCUUGGAGGCGGGCGGCUUCCUCUGCUUCCACUACCGGCACCGCCCCGAGCGCCCGGCGGCGGCCGGCGAGGAGCCGCGCACCUGCUGCUGCCCCGUGGCCGUGCGGCCCGGCCGCGCCCGCCGCCUGGUCCGCCUCUACUCUGGCAAACGCUGGGCCGGGCCUGGCGGCGUCUCCCUGCCCGGCCGCUGCGUGAUCCGCAGGGUCCGCCUCGGGGCCUACACGGACAUGGACAGCAGGGACAACAUGGCUGCUGGCAAAUCUGUCGCAGAAGCAGACUUGAAGCGGCUCCCUGAGUUCAAUCCGCCUUCCUUCAUGCCUUAUGGGAACGUGGGCACCCCCCUGCGAGUUUUCCUGGAGCUGAUCCGGGCCUGCAGGCUGCCUCCACGGGUUAUCAAGAAAUUGCAGCUGGAUUUUCCAAAGACGGGCUCAUCCCGUAGGUAUGGGAAUGUGCCUUUUGAAUACCAGGACACUGAGACAAUUAUAGAAGAAGAAAGAGUUUACACUGCCACGGGCGAUGAGAUCACAGAGGAAGAGGGGCCUGCGGCGAGACCUGAGGUGACUCAGCCAGCCAGUGCUGAGGAGGAUGAGGAGCGGCAGGAGAAGGAGGAAGAGGAGCUGCACUCGGGUGACGAUGAUGAUACCUGUGAGGAGUGGGAGCGGCACGAGGCGCUGCAUGAGGACGUCACUAAGCAGGACCGUGUGGAGGAGCGGCUUUUUGAAGAGGAGAUUGAGCUGAAGUGGGAGAAAGGCGGCUCCGGCCUUGUCUUCUACACGGAUGCUCAGUAUUGGCAGGAGCAGAAUGGAGACUUUGACGAGCAGACUGCGGAUGACUGGGACGUGGACAUGAGCAUCUACUAUGACAAAGAUGGAGGCGAUAAGGAUGCUCGGGACUCGGUCCAGAUGUGGCUGGAACAGCGAUUGCGGGAUGGCUUGGAGGAUGGAUCCGUUUCAGGGCAGCAGAUUGGCACCUUUGAGAGACACACCAAGGGCUUUGGCAGGAAGGUGUUGGAGCAGCAGGGCUGGACGGAAGGGCUGGGGCUGGGCAGCAGCAACUCUGGAAUGGCUGAAGCUCUGGACAACGAGGGUCAGAAUCCCAGAUGCAAGAGGGGGCUAGGGUACCAUGGGGAGAAACUGCCAACAUUCAGCAAGGUGAAAAAGCCCCGACGGGACUCUCCUAUCCUCAUCUCAACCAUCUACGAUGACCCUGACCCCAAGGACAGUGGUGACCAACUGCUGAGGCGCCAACCACCCACUGCCAUGAAGUACAGGCAGGAGAUGCCGUUUGUCCGGGCAUCCCAUGGUGCUCUGGAGAGCUCUGGUGCCCGGCCACGCUGAGCAGAGACUGUCACAGAGCCUUUAUGCUUGCUCCUGUCCUGCACAGGCUGGCUCCUGGUCUUGGAUUUGGAGCAGAGUUUUCAUAUAUUUAUUUUUGUAAGAA